AAUAUAUACGAGCAGCUUCUAUUUGUUGCAUUUAACAAAGUCACCGGAAAAAUCCGAAUGUAAGUCCGCUUGCAAUGGGUUGUUUCGGUCGCUUUCGCUGACAGUAGUGAGCCAGCUUCGUCAACUUACAAAUUCCAAUCCCCUGUUCCCAGUCCACAUCCUCUGUCAUCCCCACCUGUCUGUCAGCAGCCUCCUAAAAGCCUUCAAAAUGCUGCGAGAGAGCUCCAAGGCAUGGAGCAAUGGCUCAGAGGCCUACAGCAGUGAUCCCGAGGAGGAUGAUGAGGAGGAAGAGGACAUGGUAUUUGGGGAGAGCGAUCAAGACGGCAUGGCAGAGGAGAUGAUGGAUCUGAGUGACCUUCCCACGGCGCUCUUUGCAUGCAGUGUCCACGAAGCCGUGUUCGAACAGGACUUGCACAGGGAGCGGUUCGAGGCAUUGUUUAGGAUCUACGAUGAACAGGCAACGUUCCAGAUGUUCAAAAGCUUCCGGAGAGUCCGGAUCAACUUCAGCACUCCAGAGGCGGCAGCCCGCGCACGCAUUGAGCUGCAUGAGUCUGAGUUCAACGGCAAGAAGCUUAAGCUCUACUUUGCUCAAAUCCAGAAUGGUGACGAGGACAUCGACAAGUCAUAUCUGGCACCUCCCCAGCCAGUCAAACAGUUUCUGAUCUCCCCCCCUGCCUCGCCACCCGUGGGCUGGAGCCAGAGCGAAGACGCCACGCCAGUCAUCAACUAUGACCUGCUGUGUGCUGUAGCCAAGCUCGGACCCGGUGAAAAAUAUGAGCUCCAUGCAGGAACAGAGUCCACCCCCAGCGUGGUGGUCCAUGUGUGCGAGAGCGAGACGGAGGAGGACGAGGCAGCACGGCCAAAACAGCAGAUUGUCCAGACCAGACGUCCCGACGGACCCCCAAAGGUUUACAACUAGAGAGGCCUCCCUCCCGACACCAGCGCGGCCCCUGACCGCCACUUAAGCCCACAACACACCUGCCCUCUCUCUCUCUCGUCUCUGCACUCACAGAGAGCGUCGAUGCCCCUCAUUUCAGUUCAACUACAAGCAAAAAAAACCAACCAACAAACAUUGCUCAAAGACGGUGUUUGUGGGGGAGUGUGGCGAUGGAAUGAGGUGGCUUGAAGGGGAUGGAUGAGAAUCACACACAACACACUCAUCACAUUCUGUGGACAGCCUGGGGAGCGGUAGGCACGCUUGCCUCCACCCUACUAACCUCCCCCUCGUUUUCGGCAAGAGGGGUGGAAAUACCUGUCCCUACGCAGGCACCUGUCACGUAUCACACACACUCAGCUCUCAUUGCUAGUCCUGUUUAAUAGCUUGCUAGUCAGUUAGGUUGUUAGCCGUACCUCUCCCUUCGUCUCACGGUCAUAUGUAAUAAUCGAUAAUCUUUGAUUGAGGACAUGUGAUACUUAAGCAAAGAUAUUUUUCUUUUUUGUUUUUGUUUUUUAACAAUAAAUUGUGUUUUCAGGUUAUACAUAUGUAUUAUAAAUGUCUUUUUAUUUUUCUUCUUUUUCAUCCAUUUUCAUAUCUGCUGGUUUGCAGCUUCCGCUUUCAUUAAGACUGACUGUGUGAUGUUUCCACUCUCGUCUGCAUGUAUAUACUGUAUUACAAAAAAAACCUACAGAAACAGAUACUAACAAGAUAUAUCAAGAAAAAGGAACCUAUUUAACAUCACACACAGCACGAAGCGCCAUAUGUGACUAACAAAGUUGUGGUGGUUGCUUGACUUUUUUUAUUUUAUUUUCUUCCCCUUUUUUUGGUUUCGCUUUUUGUCUUAUUUUUUUUAUUUGGAGAGGUGUUGUUUUUUGCUAAACUACUAGAUGUGUAUACUUACUACGUAUUUGAUACCCCAGGACUUUUUGCAUGCUGUUACUUCUGUAGAUGAAGAGCUGAGGUGUAAUUUUUUUUUUUAAAUUGAUGUUUGUGACAACACGGGAACGGGUUGGCGCUUUUAACAUAAGUGCAUAUUUCCGCGCUGAGUUGAAAGUGGCAUGUGUGUGAAGGGGGGAGGGAGCUGAAUGCGUUUUUGUAAGCUUGACUGUUCAGUCUUUGACUUGAUGGCAAAUUUGCAUGUGUCACUUUUUUGCAAUUUGAUGGAUGGGAGACAGGUCAAACCCCUUCAUUUCUUCAAAGGGGUUUCAGAAUGUUUUUUUUUUUCCUGAUUCUGUUUGUUGUAAUUCACAACUUUAAUGUAUUUUUUUUAUGUUAUUUAAUCAAACCCACUAUCUGUGUCAGGUUUCCUCUGAAACCUACUACUGCUUGUUUUGCACUGAGAAUCUCUUGAUAUCUCCAAGCAAUUGUGGGACUCUUGAUCGUCUCCUGCUGCGCACCUGAAUACUGCGCUACUUCUCGCUGUAAAUAGCUUAGCAGAAUAAUUUGUGGAAAGUUCUUUUAGAUAUUGCAGUUUACCUGAAAGCAUUUUGCUGAGAAAAGGGAAAAUUAAUUAAGCCUCAUGAGAUACCAACUGAUACACCAACCAAAGCAUUGACUCGCAUUGUCAUAAUAACCUAAAAUGAUUUUUUUUUUCUUACUCAAAGGCACUGAUGUGUAUUUGCUAAACCAAUCACAAAGAAAUCACGUUUCCCAGACACACUUGCAGUAGUUUCUCUUGAAUUAGUUCUCAUUUUAUAUAAGCAUACAUUCCUUCAUUUACAGUUCACCUUUUUUUUUAAUAAAAUCCAAUCAGACCAGUGUGUUUCACCUACAUUUAAUGAAAUAUUUCAGUGCUUUAAAAGCGACACAAACAAGGUGAGCCUAAACCUUAUGUCAUUAGGCAGCAUGAAAUCUGAAAGUACUUUUUGCUAUGUAACAAUAUUAGUAAGCAAAAUACAAGUCUGUGUGCAUGUGAGCACUUUACUGUCAGUGUGCUGUUAUUUCCUUCACAUAAAAGUCUCUUUGAAGACAAAGUAGGAAGCACAUUGUAUGUCUUCAGUUUUAUUUUUAGUGUUAUUUUGGUUUGUUUUAUCUCAAGCUAAACACCUGGUUAGCCUUUUCACCAGCAUAUUGCAGUGAGUGAAACACUCCACUUCCUUUUUGCUCGUGUGAACCUUUCAGGCCUUUUUGGAUCUGUGGAGGCGCGUUACUGAAAAGCAGUGCGGAUAUGCAGUGCGGUUUUAGCUUGAAAAACGAGGCAGGGUGACAGUGCAGAAGAAAAAAUCAGUAUCUUUGUUUUUGUGUUUGUCCACAAGAAACAUUCAUUUUAUCUUCAGAGGAUAUGAAACGGUUCUUUGAAAUGUACCGUGUCGGCAGAGUGCACUUUUUAUUGGCACCGCUGUAAAGCUGAUGCAGUUAUCUAAGCAGACGGCAGACUGGUGGAACUGCUGUGAUGGAUGAUAUUAUAGAGGAAGCAGCAGAGCAGAAAGAAAGACACUUGGGAAGAUUUUUUAUCUCUUUUGUCAUGGUGUUUAAAAACUGGUGCAUUUGGUCACAGUUGAAAAGAAAAUUUAUAUUUAUGUACAUAUGCCAAGUGUUUUUCUGUUGCUGAGGCCAGUCCCGGUGUGCAGUUUGUUAUGGCUUCUCUUGGCAAUGUUGUAAAUGGAAACAAAAAAAAAAAUGACAAAAAUGUAUAACAAUAAGUCCUGAAGAUGCUCGAUCAAAACCAACUGUCAUUGUGUUGUGUUCAACAUGGACUCUGUUUGAAUGUUUCUUUUAUUUCUGGGGAACGUCUACUAAAAAGCUCAAUUAUACCGUUUGUCACUGUUGUACCGUUUCCGUUGAAAUCUGAAUAUUGUGUCUUGUAUUGUAGGAAUCGAGAAAACAAAGUAGCAAAACAAGCAAUAAUUUAUAGUUCUAUAAUACCAGUAUGUGUAUUUUCAUGUUCUGUACUUAUUUCUCAGAGAUGGUCUCUGUCUCUUACAGUAUCCGCUUCUAUUUGUGUAGUAUAAUAGUCAUUUGUUUCACAUAGAAAAAUACAUAAAGACUUAUUCUUAAAA